ACGGACCAAUCGGUGAGAGCGAAGCGGGCGGGCAUGGCGGUGGGCGGGGCGGGGCGGCCGCUCCCGGCUGGCGGCGGAGAAGAUGGCAGAUUUCUUGAAGGGGCUCCCGGUGUACAACAAGAGCAACUUCAGCAGGUUCCAUGCGGAUUCCGUCUGCAAGGCUUCCAACCGCCGGCCCUCGGUGUACCUGCCCACCAGAGAAUUCCCCUCGGAGCAGAUAAUCGUGACAGAGAAGACGAACAUCCUCCUGCGCUACCUCCACCAGCAGUGGGACAAAAAGAAUGCGGCCAAGAAGCGGGAGCAGGAGCAGGGGGAGCUGGAGGGGGAGAACUCGGCCCCGCCGCGGAAAAUCGCCCGGACCGGCAGCCAGGACAUGACCGAGGACACUUAAAAUCCCGGGAAUCCGGGAAUUCCCAAGGCUCUUCCCGCUUUUUUGCGCCUCCCCCCCCCUCUGGGAAUUCCCGGGAUCCGCCCUAUUUAUUUGGGAUUUGCCUCCUUGCCGCUUUCUGGUUUGUAUUUAUGGGAUUUUUAUGGAGAGGGCGGAUUUGUUCAUCCUUAGGGGCCCUCAGUGCCGGAAUUCCCGUUUUUCCUGGGAUUCCUGGGUGCUGCUCCCCAUUCCCCAAAUUCCCUUUUUCCCUGCGAUUCCUGGGAUUUGCUCCUGAGAUCUCCCCAGGAGAGCUCGUUCCCAAAAAUCCACUUUUCCUGGGAUCACUUGGAUCUGACCUUCUGUUAUCGCAGAAUUCUUAAUUCCCAAAAAUCCACUUCCUGGGAUUUAUUCCCUUCUCAAACUUCCCUUUUUCCUGGGAUUCCUUGGAUCUGCUCCUUGUGGAAUUCCAGGAUAACUUUUUUAAAUUUUUUCCCCCCAAAACUCCACUUUUUCGGGAUCUCCUCCGUUCCCAAAAACCCUUUUUCCCCUGAGAUUCCCCACAUCCCCUCCCUGUAAAAUUCCAGGAUUUUUUUUUCCCUUCACUUCCCCCUGGAGAAAUUCCCAGGAAUCCUUUGGAUUUUCCCAACCCAACCAUGACUUGCGAGGCCUUUCCCGUUUUCCCAGAGAAUUCCCAGCCCCUUCCCGGGCUCCCAUCAUGGCUGGAGCCCAUCCCUGGGAAUUUGCAUCCCGGGAUUUUCUGGGGGGGCUGGAUCUAGGGAUUUUUUUUUUCUCCCCCACCCUGUGGAUCCUUAAAUCCCCAUUUUUCCCUGGGAAUUCCCAGGGGAGAGAACCGGAGCGGCUCGGGAUCCGUGAGAAUCCCGGCAGGAAUUGGGGAAAUCCCAGUGGGAAUUCGGGAGGAGCUGGGCUGGAAUUGGGGAAUCCCGUCUGGAAUUGGGGAAUCCCGGCUGGAAUUCGGGAGGAGCCGGGGUGCUGGAAGAGUCCUAGUUGGAAUUCCGGGAAUGCGGAGCCCAUUCCCAGCGGAAGCACAGCCGGAGCCUCGACAUUCCUGGAAAACCUCGGCCAAGGAUGAGAUGAUCCCAAAAUCCGAGCUGCUUUUCCACGGGGUGCCCCUUCCCGUGGGAAUCCCACCCCUUCUCCCUCCGGGAAUUCCGCUGGGAUUUUUCCUGGAGAUUCCCAAACCCAAUUCCUGGCUCUGACUCUGGGAAGGUUCCUUCCUUUUCCCGGAAAGUCCCGGAUCCACCCUCGGAGUUCCAGCCUGGGAAAGGCCAAAAUUCCACCAGAAGCUCGGGAGGAGCAGGACGCGGCUCCCGUCGGAAUUCCCGGAAUUUGGGACUGGAAUUCAAUCCAGAACUUUGGCUCUGCCUCCGUUUUUCCCAAUUUUUUUUUUUUGUUUUUUUUUUUGUUUGGGUUUUUUUUUUUUUUUUUUUUGGUUGGUUGUUUUUUUUAAUGGAAUUCCUGGAAUGCUGUGUCGGGGGGGUGGGGGGUGGGGGAAGGAAAAGCGGAAUUCCUGGGAUUUUACUUUUGGUGGGAUUUCCAGCUGGAAAAAACUCCGGGAGGGGGCGGAUUUGAGAAAUGUCCGGAUGGAAUUCCGGGAGAGGAGGGCGGAUCCCGGGGUUCCGGAGGUUCGGGAAUGUUCAUUAAAGAGUUGGCACUUCCUGCUGGAAUUCCCGCUGCUUUUCCCCCUGGAAAAGGGGGAAUGGGGAUUGAUCCCAGGAAAAGCGGGAGUGGGGAAUUCCGGGGGGAAAGUUGGGAUUGGCCAGAGCUCGACGGGAUCACCGGAGGGUCCGGAGGCCAUUUGGGAUUUGGGAUCCCUGGAUUUGGGGUUCUCAUCCAUGGAUUUCUUUGGGAUCCCUGCAGUGAGUCCUGUUCCCAUCCUAAAUUCCCAAUAUCCCUGGAUUUGGGGUUCUCCCAUCCCUGGAUUUGGGAUCCCCUCCCCCUCCAGCUCAUUCCCAGCUUUUCUUGGAAUUCCAGGAGCUCUUCCCAUCUCACCCUUGAUCCCAUUCAGGAAAUCUCCUGGAAAAUUCCUGUAAAACUCCAACCCAGAAUUCCCCAAAUCCACCAAAUCCCGGGAUUCUGCUCCCAAACACCCCCAGGGCUUGGAAUUCCUGGAAUUCCCAGAGGCUGAAUUCAUCCCGAGCUCAAUCCUGAAUUUCUUGGGAAUCUUCCACCCAAAUGUGACCAUUCCCAAACCCCGGGAAGCUCCAGGAUUUUCCCUUCAAAUCCUUCCAUUUCCACCCAAAAUCCGGGAUCACAGAGCUGAGAAAAAACUGGGAUUUCCCAAAAAUUCCUGCAAAAAUCCCGGAUAUCCAUCGGAGUUUUUUUCCAGGAAUUUCUUUUCCAACAAUUUCACAUUUUUAUAAACAAUAAAUUGAUGGAAUUUCGAGGA